GGAUGACGUCAUCACGUGAUAUGGUGUGAGAUUCGGCAUGGGAACGCAAACGAGAUCAGAGUUGCUUACCAAUAUGGCUUUGCGUUGCAUAAACAGAUUCGUUUUCGGUGCCGAACAAAAAAGUGAUACCCCUUACUUCAACUCAACAACAUAUAAUUCGAAUUGGUGGACGUGAUUUUGAUCGUAGACACGGAUAUAUCAAUACGGCAAAUUACACAACACAUACUUCACAUUGUACGAGCUGUACCUGCUGAUAUUUCUCUUUCGAAGGCUUGUAAAAUUGCUUCUUAGGCCCACCCCUGAAAAUCCAUAUAUUACCCCUCUACGCUGAGAUGUUUCUUCCACACAUUUUACACGUGAGAUAUUCCUUCUAUUUCUUAUAUUGAUCUAUAGUCUUCGUAUUAAGAAUAUGAUACUCCUAUAUCGAAGAGCCUUAUCUUUUUAUCAUCAUUCUCAUUGGAAUUUUCACGCAACUUCCCGAUAUGGAAUACGGUAAAUCUCAAGACCAAGUUCCACCAGUCAUGGAUCCUCUCGGUACGAGUCUUGACAGUGAAUCCCCGCCUGAUACGGGUAUGGUAGUCCGGGAAAAUGCUACAUACAUAGCCAGAUGAUUCCGAACGGCAUUCUCCAAUGUUGUUUAUUCACGAAUUGGAGUUCGAGCUGAGAAUUCGCUGUUGCCUUUUAUAGUAACGUACUUGUGUAUCUUUACAACUGCAAUGACAACGAUAGGGUAUUCUAUACAAGGCCGACGGUGGACUUUAUUCCUUGUCGGGGUUGUGAGUUGGCUAUCGACGGUAGUGCGUAGUCAGGCUCCGCCUACAGCAUAUUUACAAACACCAUCUACCAACCAACUUGAAUGGCACGCGCUGGAAUACUACGCGUUCGUACACUUUGGCCCUAAUACGUUCACGGAUGAAGAAUGGGGGACCAGUCAGAGUACGCCUGACGUAUUUGCGCCGACGGCAUUGGACACAGAUCAAUGGGCUAAGUCGUUCGCGGACGCCGGUAUGGCCGGAAUGAUCCUGACGGCUAAACAUCACGACGGCAUGGCGCUAUGGGAUACAAAUACCACAACGUACAAGGUCGGCAACGGGAAGUGGGCAAAAGAUCGUGUUGCUCAAGGCCUCAGCGCCGAUGUGGUACAAAUGGCAGCCGCUUCCGCAAAGAAGUACGGUAUUAAAUUCGGCAUCUACUUAUCGCCGUGGGAUAUUCAUCGUGACCCCGCCAUGCCGAAACCAAACUUAACCGGCACAAUAUAUGACGAACCGCAGAUUUUUGGAGAUGAUACUCCGGGAGACUAUAAUGAGUUUUAUGCUCAGCAGUUAACAGAGUUGGUGACGAUGAAGCUCAGUGACGGCUCGUCCAUUGAGGUAUCGGAGUUAUGGCUUGAUGGGAACAGCGGGUCUGAUACUGUGCAAACGUUUAACUGGACGGAUUUCCGCAACAUCAUCCGCGAGUACCAGCCAGGCGCGAUCAUGUGGGGACACCAGGGUGUUGACGCGCGAUGGGUAGGCAACGAGGAUGGCGUGACCGUGAUGACGAAUUGGCAUACCAUCAGUCGGACACAAGAUGAACCGCACUACUCAGGAGAUGAGCUUGAGACCGGGGUUCGUGACGGGACUUACUGGACGCCGGCGGAAGCAGAUGCGCGCUUACGAGACGGCUGGUUUUAUCAUUCUAACGAGAGCCCCAAGUCGGCUGACACGUUGAUGAAUAUGUACACGCAGUCAGUGGGUCGAAGCGUCAACCUUUUGCUCGACGUCCCUCCGGAUACGACUGGGCAAAUCGUCGAAGGUGAUGCGGAUAUAUUGCUGCAAUUCAAGUCUCGACGUGACGCGUUUCUGAACCGCACAAUACUCACUCCCGGGCUUUCGGUAAACGCAAGCAGCGUCCGCGACGGGAAUUUUGCGCUUUACGGUCCGGCCAACGUGCUCGACGGCAAUAAGGAUACGUACUGGGCUAUAAACGACAAUGAGACGAUCAGCUCGCUUGAAGUGGACUUGGACGGUACCUACAAUGUCGAUGCGUUCCUUACGCAGGAGUAUAUCGCCUUGGGACAGAGGAUAGGGGGAUACACAAUUGAUGCUAUUGUAAACGGCACGUACCAAACUCUUCUCACGGGAACAUCGUUAGGAUAUAAGCGUAUUGAUGGUUUAAGCGCCUCCGUUGAGACAAACAGGAUACGUUUCCGCAUCACGCAAGCGAAUGCUACACCCCUGGUUAACAGCUUUCAGGUACUCGGGGAGCGAAGUAUAUAGUCCAAUCCAAUCACGGUAAAGCUGGAAGUAUUAUGCUAGAGUGAGGAUUGGUUAUCGAAUAUUCUUCCCUGCUGAUACUGCUGUAUCGUGGCUGAGUUACAAGUGAAACCGAGGGGGUUAUGUCAGAUAUGUACAGCCACAGACGCUGAUCAUGUGACUGACAGCUGAUUACAUAACUAACGUUCUUCGCUCGAAAGAAUGGAAGCUGAAUCUUCUGAAUUGAUAAUGAACUCGCUCUGAUAAGUUACCUAGGUGGAUGUCUACGGCUAUGUGCUCCAGAUACUUAAUUGGAUAGACUUACACCCAUGAGCCAUGGCGUUAAUCUAGUAAUUUCAGCGUUUGGCUGGUACUCACGUGCCCACAGCCUCGUUGCUACAACUUUCAAAUUAAGAU